GGACAGCACAGAGGCCGCUGGCUCACACUGACAGGUGGGUGGGGAAACCAGAUUUGCCAUGGAGAAGAUCUCGGUGUCAGCAUUCCUGCUCCUUGUCGCCCUCUCUUCCACUCUGGCCAAAGAUAUCACAGCCAAAUCAGGAGCUAAGAAAGACACCAAGGACUCUGGACCCAAACUGCCCCAGACCCUCUCCAGAGGUUGGGGUGAUCAACUCAUCUGGACUCAGACUUAUGAAGAAGCUUUGUACAAAUCCAAGACAAGCAACAAACCCAUAAUGAUUAUUCAUCACUUGGAUGAAUGUCCACACAGUCAAGCUUUAAAGAAAGUGUUUGCUGAAAAUAAAGAAAUCCAGAAAUUGGCAGAGCAGUUUGUCCUCCUCAAUCUAGUUUAUGAAACAACUGACAAACACCUUUCUCCUGAUGGCCAAUAUGUCCCCAGGAUCAUGUUUAUUGACCCAUCCCUGACAGUUAGAGCUGACAUCACUGGAAGAUACUCAAAUCGUCUCUACGCUUAUGAACCUUCAGAUACAGCUCUAUUGCUCGACAACAUGAAGAAAGCUCUCAAGCUGCUGAAGACUGAAUUGUAGAGAAAAAACGUCGGCAAGCUUUUCCCUCUGUGUCUGGCCCUGAGACUUGGAUCAAGAGGAGAUCCUAGAAGACUCUGGAGAAUGCAGGCACACUGAUGGACAUGCUGAUUAGAUUAUGGUUAUUGUUACAACAGAUAUUUUUUUAAAAUCUGGUCUCAAGUACACCUGUAUGAAAAUAAUAUUGCAUACUAGCAUAGUAAGCCAUGCUUUUUUAAAAAAAAAAAUUAAACCCUUUUGAGGUAUUCAAACUGUUGUUGUCACCCCUAACUUAGUCCUUCGGAGAAAAGCUAUUUAGUUCAUUCACCCAACAGGACUUCUGUACACAUGAAAUGUUCAAAGAGGAGACAAAACAGACUUAACUGGGGGUAAUGAAGUCCAAAGUCAAAGUAAUCACUUCACUAUAGAGUUUCUCCGUGGGUGACGAGAAGUAGGCGUGAGCUUAGUCAAUAGAAGUAUCAAAACAGAAGAUGUGUUAGUGCAAAAGAAUGUGUAGAAAGGCA